CACGUUCGACAAGGCUUGGUGCCCAGGCCGGGCGCCGACCUACCCUAGGCACUUCGGACCUGACGCUAUCUAGGGUAGUCAGAUCAUCCACUGACUGAGGACGCGUCACUGAGGCUUCGUCACCACACACAUCAAGUGACACAACAGUCCACAAUCUCACCAAAAAAGCGUCUUCCGUCAAACACAAACUUCCAGCACCUCAACAUGCCGUGGCGAGAUCACGUCAAGCAGGUUAAAGAUGGCUUCAACUCUCUCGCGAAGGAGGUGCAGACCGGGAUAAACGAGCGAUCAGGCUCGUCACAGCCUCCACAGCAGCAAUACCACGCCAACCAUCAAUAUCCCCCGCAACCACCAGUCCCUGCCGGCGCCUCGGCAUACUGGCGGCCUCGCUUCCAGCAGGAUAUACCCGUCUCGGUGGAGUGGGAUGCGAAAUUGGGCAACGGUCCUGACGGCUGGGGCAACCAGGAGCUGCAGCAUUACACGGCGCUGCCCGAAAACACAUUUCACACACAAAAUGGCUUGCUCGUCCUACGCGCCCUGGCCAACAGCCAUGCCCCCAACCCUGAGCAGAAGUACACCUCUGCGCGCCUCGUCAGCAGGGAGACCUUGAGCCGAGACCGUGGUGCGUUGACAGCCGUGAUCCAGUCCCCCUGUGCGCGUGGCAUCUGGCCUGCGUUCUGGCUUCUGCCCCAGGAACCCUUCUCCUGGCCGACAGAUGGCGAGAUCGAUAUCGCCGAGACUUGGAAUGGCGACUGCGAAAACCACUCGUGUCUCCAUUGGGGUCAUCACCACGAACCCCAGAAGCAUCGUGUUCUCGGCACAAAGAUCCACGACAUGCCCAGACGCCCCGUGCGGUAUGACCUAGUGUGGGAUCAGCCCGGCGGACAGCCUGGUCAGGGCCGACUGGUGUGGUUCAUCGACGGUCGGCCGGUGAUGAAGGGGCACAUCCCCGGGGGAACGCGGCCGAUGAGGGACAUGACGAUCCUCCUCAACGUGGCCAUGGGUGGCAACGUCUGCCAGGGGGUGACGCCUUCUGACGGGUACUACGAUAUGGUUGUGCACAGCCUCUACGCAUCUGAUGAGCCGGAGCUGGGUGGCUGGCCUGGAUUUGACCAUGCGUGGGGGAAUCCUGGGGUGCCAGAGGGUCAUGGCUACUAGAGGUUGGUGCAAACCAAGGGUGAGGAAUCUUCAGUCGUCGGUUAUAUUUUUUGUGUUGCGAGGGAGGGACUGAUGAUGCAGGAUCAUAGUUCUCUUGAGUGUCAGGCACUCCAAAGCGAGCAGUCUGCAGCCCAGAUAAUCCAAGCUACUCGCAGCUCGAAUAUGAACCGCACUGUACACUUCUUUUGCUUUGGCCUUUGGCGAGGCGGCGGCCAUGGCUGGCUGGCGCUUCAAUGCUCGCUCGUGUCUGCUCUGACAUGUGCAGAUCACCAC